AAAAAAAGUUAUAAAGAUUCUGUGCUUCUAGUUUGUUUUGUGUCAGAAAAUUAAUGUUUUUAAAUUUCCUUCCUUUACUUAUUUCUGUUUCGAUUCCGAAACCCGAUUAUUAAAAUGGCAGGUCCAAUGGAAAGAAUACAAGUCCUAGAUGACAUUGAAAAAGAUAUUAUAACUUGUUUACAAUGUGCAGCUCAAGCACUUCUCGAACUUAGUAAAGAGAAAUCUGGCCAGAAACAAGCAGAAACAAAUACUUCACAAUUCUUGAGAACUUUAAAUCAAGUGGAAUCAAAACUCAGUGAUCAAAUUAAUUAUCUUACGCAAGUGUCUACCGGACAACCUCACGAAGGGUCUGGAUAUGCUUCACAGAAGGUUCUACAAAUGGCUUGGCAUAGAUUAGAGCAUGUCCGCUCUUGGGUAAAUGAAUUGGACCGCCUCAAAGCAUCACAUUUGGCAGUUACUAACAGAACAGCUACUGGAACUGUCCCAAAUGGUAACAUGACUUCUUCAGGAACCAGUACUUGAUAAUAGUGUCCACAUAUUUGUGUUACAAAGGUUCUUCAGAAUUACUUACUAGUUUCACAAGGACUAAAUAAAAAAUCCUAAGACUAAGCCCUAUAUCUUGAUGGGAUUAUGUUCUAUUUAUUUCUCUUAAUUUGUUUGAUAACAAAAAAUAAAUAAAUAUACCCAAAAUAAAUUUAUUUUAUUUAUAUUCAAAAAUAUUUAUGCCUAACAGCCAAACAGGGAUACUUGCCAGAAAGAAGGAUGUUGCUUCAGAAAACUUGCUGCAAAGGUUUUAGCAAUUUCUAAAAUGAAGAUAUAGCACAUUCUUCUAAUAUUGUGUACUUUUGUUUACACUAAAUACCCCUUUAAAAUGGUCUUAGAAAGAGGAAUGAUGAACUAAUGUUAGAAUAACAGUUUACGAUGUAGUGCUAGAACAAAUGAUUGAAUGACUGAUUUAUUCAAUUUCAGCAGGGAUCCAUCCCCGCCAAAAUUCCAUUCCAAUGGAAGAUGUAAGGUACACCACUGAGAUCUUCUUGAGUUUUGGCAUUAUUUUCCAGAGAUCCAGGUUCACAGCUCUGUAAAAACCGAAAUUUUAAAGCCAAAGUUAGAAAUUUUAAAUAGAUUAAAUUUAGCACUGCAUACAUAAUUUAUAACCGGUUUUGAGACAUAGGAUAUUAUUUAUUCCGGAAAAUUUUAAGUUCCUGAGAUAUUAAGUUUAAAUGAAUCACCAAUUGGAAGAAGGGAAUAAACACCAUUUUUCCCAAAUCGGGUUGCACGGCAAUGCCCCCGCCAAGUCGAGCGCGAAAUAAACACUGCCGUACCAUCCUUUACUGGAACCAUUUCGCCGCAUUUUCAGGCCCCUAUAUGAGAACCUCUAUUUUCGUCAUCCAGUAAGCUUAAAAUCCAGAAUUUCAAGUCUGUAGGUCAUUUAGUUCCGAUGUUAAGCGAAAGCAAAGUUUCGCAUUUAUGACACUCACUCACUCAUGAUCAUCAGAAUAUAACUAGUACUUUCCAUAAACUCAGAGAGCUGAAAUUUGGUACAGAGUUAGGGUAGGUAUUUGUUUCUCAGGUUUUCACGCAUAUCACUCAUUAAAUAAAACUAGUUUUUACGGGUUUAUGCAAGAAACUUUAUUUAUUUAUUGACGUUUCGUAGCCUUUACAGGCUACGUCGUCAGAAUCAAACUUUUAUUUAAUUUGUCGAGCUACCUUCGAAAGACUUUUAUUGAGCGUUCCGUUAUUUCAUUGAUUUUUAAAGUUUUAUUGUCUAUGUAUGAAUUUAUUAUUUAAUUUACAUAAUAAAGUAUUUUAUUUAAAAUUCUUUUUUGUAAUUUUGUGUUUAUUUAUUUGACCCUAACAUUUUAAAGUAGGGUUAAAUGCCCACAUAAAGGGAAAACUAUAAAGACUAGGAUAAUCGAAGAUCUGGAGUACCUGGUGACCAUGAUUACAAAACACAAGAGCCCAAACAAACUAUUAGAAGAGAUCGACAUACCGCCUUUAUAAAAAAUAUUCAACUUGGUGGGCCGCUUCAUUUGAUGUCAAAAAUUGAAGGUCUGAAGUAUCUGAUGAAGAACCAUCAGCUGGUCUCAGCUGUAUUAGAGAUAUGGUAAUGCCCCAUUCUACUAUUGGUACACAGAAAAAUCGACUGUCAUGCAAAAAUCCAGCGUAGUGGGACACAUCUUUUAAUUUAAUCUAGCCUUUAGCGUCCCACUGCUGGGCGAAUGCCUCCCCUUCUACUUUUAAUACGCAUAUAAAUAAAAUAAAAGGAAAACUGUGGAUAACACAAGACUGGCUUUUAUACUUAUACUUACGAGUUUACAAGAAAAAAUAGUCGAACGAUUAACUUUUUUCUACUCGAACAUUACACAAAUUAAAUAAACAAAUUACACUAAAAUAUUAAUUUCGCUCAAAAUUUGGUCAAAAUAUAAUGCAUUGGACUAAAAGUGAUACCAAGGUCUAAGUCUAAAAAAUGCCCUCAUGGACAUUGGCACCUCCAUAUUCGCUUGUGGCCAAGCCUACGUGGCGCUUUCACGAGUAACCAAUCUUCAUGGGGUGCACCUCAUAAAUGUUGACUUCAAGAGUAUAAAAGCUCAAGCUUCAGCGAUCACGGAAUACAACCGGCUUAGGCGUAAAUACCGCGCCAAUCUUUCAGAAAUUAAACCGUCUAAAAGAAUAAAUAAAGAACGCGAAUGGGCAAUACGAAAAACUGUUGCUACUGUUCAAGAAUCAGAAUCGGAAAAAAAGAACAAUAAGAUUUGUAAUAAUAAAAAUACUCCCAAAAAGAAAAAAAUGUGCCAAAUAAGAAAAUCUAAUAAAAUACGUUUCUUCAAAAAGAUGUGAAAUUCCAUUCCCACCAAAAACAGUCUGUAAAAAACUAGCUAAGUCUCGAUGGAGCUGCUUGUUUAUCUUUAAAAAGUAAUGAAAUCUAGACAAGUCGUGCCAAGUCUAAGGUUACUUACUGCGAUUUCCUUUAAUUGAUGCUAUUCACUUUUUACAGUGCUCAUUAGAAAGCUAUUUUUGAGGACUUUAAAAGAAAAGUGUUCAGAAAAUAUAUGUUAUAAAAUGCAUCGGUUUCCCGUUAUUUAGGUUUGAAUACUUAGAUUUAAGUACUCGCUGAAAAAUAUAGAUAGAAUAACCUAUAGCUCACUUUGAAUUAAUAUUAGAAGGUUUUUCCAAGUAAGGAUUUGUUUGUUUUUCUAUUAGCCUCAAUUUUGGUAAUAAUAUUUUUUUUAUAUAGUUAUCGAGUCAUAUGAAAAACCGCUUUAAAACAUGUAUUUUUAUCACGAAAAAUCACAAUCUUUCAUCUUUAAUAACUCAGAAAGUAUUGAUUUAUUCCAAAAACUUUAUAUAACAAAUUUUGCUUAGAAUUUGUCUCUCUAUCGAUUCCUGGAGUUAUUUUUAUUAAAAUAAUUUUCACCCCCCAGAAGGGAUGGCAUCUACCCCCAGGGCAAAAGCGUACGUUGGCACUAUGUCACUUUUGUUUCUUAAGGUAUCCCCCCCCUACUCACUAAUUUUCAUAAAAAUCGAUGGAGAUUCAACGAAAUCGGAGGUGAAAACCUUCAUUGACUGGACUAUAGGUAGACCGCUUAAACGAGUCCUCGCCUGCGGGGUUAAUUAGGGGAGGGCGUAAACGGGGACCGUGAGAGGUGCGAGCGGCAGGCACAUUGUCAAAAUUAAAAGUGCCCGCUGCCUGCACCUCUCACGAUCCCUGUUCUCCUCUUCCCUCACAGGCGAGGUUUUAGUUAUGCGGUUUACCUAUAGUCUAAGCUUAUUAUUCUUCGUUUAUUAAUAAAGGGGGUUGAGGUUACGUUACACUCCGUUAUCAAUGUGUACCGAUAUAUGGUAAUCAGAGCAAAUAAGUACAAUAUUUAACUUUUAUCUAAUCACCGCGACAUGGGGCAUGAAGAUAGAUAGAUACCUACCUGAUUUCUGUGCCUAUCGAAUCAGCCAAGGUCGGCACAGAGGUUGGCUUGCUUACGCCAUGUUUAUGCACUCUCUUUCCAUAACAUACGUUUGAUUUGAUGGACCGUAUUUGUUUGGCCGUGGCCGCGCAUAGUUCGGCUGAUAACGGAUUAGGUGUAUCAGAGCCCGAACGCUUAAACUCACCGAAUGUGGGCCCUCAGAUGAAACGCCUCAAUUGCCAUAUUACUGUAUCUGACCAACUUAAAUAAUAAUGACGAAUGAAGGGCUACAUAUACCUAAAGAAGAGCUUUGCUUUACUCAGUGACUGUCAAUAAAGAAAAUCAAAAUCAGUUAGUGGCCUCUCAGUUAUCGCGUACUCAAAAUUCUGUGCCUCGAGGCCAGAGGCACGCGCAUGGGUUUGUCUUUUUUGUUUCAUGUGACGUCCUCCAUGUUGGAAUUGCUAGCACCCCGUUUUCAAGAUGUCGCCAUCUCUGAGGUACCGGAUUUGAUUCUGGACAGGUCAAUAAAGAAGACUCGAGUCUUCGACCCACAAGCCAGCGAGUUCUCUAGCAGCUUGUAAACUCGCCCCGUGUCAUCGAGCAUACUAAUAUAUCACCCAUGUAGAUUCCACAUUCUUGUAGGUAACUCGGGAUGCGAGCUGAUAACCGACUCGCACAUGACAGUAACUCGUAUGAUGCGGUUACACAAUGCGAGUAACUGUACUACAGUAACUGAUUAGGCCAGCUCGCACUGUAUAACCUAGGCAUUAGGUAUAAUUAAUACAGCCAAGAUCAAUGUCUUGAUAUAAGAAUAUAACCAUGUCUUAUAAACCUUGCCUAGGGAACCUAUGGGAAUAAAAUUAUCAAGAAAUACGAUUUAUAAUUGGAAACUAAAAUUUAUUUUUGUUUGUUUAGUUUUGCUAUAAAAUAAGGAAUGAAAAACUUUUCUUAUCAAAAGAUUUUUAAAAGUUCAUGAAAUGAAACUUAUCAUGCCAUAAUGGAAAUGAGAUUUUUUCCCAUUAGGAUGUCAUUAGUACCAUUGGCUAGUACCAUUGAUGGUACAAGUGAUACAACUUUGUAUACUUAAUACCAUGACUGAAAAGUAUGGAUAUUCGCGCCGUAAUUGUAAUUGACAAUAGUGGUACUAUAGAUACAAAACUUCGUAUCCUUAGUACCAUUAUUGAAAAGAAAAGUUAUUUACUACAGUGAACAAAUGAUUCCCUGUAAAUGUAACCGAUAAAAAAAAAAUCAUGUACACCAGUACACCAGAUGUUUUUGUAUUGUCAUACCUUUAAAUGAAAAAGGAAAACGAAACUUCUACGCUCAAGUAUAAAGGGAAAUAUAAUAAAUCCAUACAAUCAAAGGCGCAAGUUUUCUAAAAAUAAUGUCACAUUUCAUUACCAUUAAUGAGCUGCAUUUGAACAUGCUGUUUAAAUGCACAUCGCGCGAUGAUAGAUUUUUAAACAGCUCCUUUAUUACAUUUACAGCGGUGAAUGCUGCAUACUCCUUACUGGUCUUUAAAAGAUGGCUUAUUGUUGUGGGUCUCCUCUUAAAUAUUUUGUUGAAUUGCCCAUUCCACCUUUCACACACUUUAGUUGUACUGUGUCUUUCGACAAAACAAGUUUCACUAGUAGCAUCGAUAGAAUUAGCAACACAACAAUAUUCAAGUAGCGAUACAACAAUAUAAUUGGAUGCUACAAUUUAUCCUAAAUUAGUGUCACUAGUACCCUUGGUGGUACUAAGGAUACAAAGUUGUGUCACUAGUACCAUCAAUGGUACCAGCCAAUGGUAACUGACACAAAGAUUUUUUUUAAAAGCUUGCAAUAAUUUAAUUGUGUAAAUAAAUAAUAUUAUGUGAAUUCGAAUGUGAUCAUUAGAAACAAAAAGGUUCACAAUAAAGAAACGCAAAUACCUAUAUAUAACACCUACAAUAAAAUAAUAACACACUUCUUCCUGUUACAUUGUUGGCUAAAUGUAAAAUAUUAUUUAUAAUGUAUACCAAAUUAGUAAGAAAACUGUUAUUUACUUUAUGUUUUAAUGUAAAAAAACCCCAUUUAGCAAACCAAUUAAAGCUUAAGUCUUUAAAAUCUUAAGCAAUACAGUCAACAGCACACACGGUAUUACAAAAUUAGUACAUUUUAUUGUAAUUGUUUUGUGUAAUUAUCUAAAAUUGAAUACUAUUAUCAGAAUAUUCUAGUGAUUGAAAUGUUCAAGUUACAUGUAAUCUAAUCAUCUUUAUAUAAUUGGGUGCUUUUGUGUUCUUUUGGGUAGCUAGUUAAAAUGAUGAUGAUUUGAAUCAUGUGAUAUACAUAAUAAUUCAGGACACUUUCAAACAACAUCAUUACACCAUUCUAACAAACAUUGUAAAAAAACCAAUUGUGCUAACAAUAAUUAUAAAUAAACUAUUAAAUAUUACAUUUCUCACAUUAAAAAGUACAGCAAUUCAGGUAAUACAGUAUGGGAUGACAUUUUGUCCAGGACAACACAUUGUCAUGAGACUUAACACAGAAGUCACUCCUCUUUUCAGCUUCGUUGAUUUGCAUUGGAUUUGGUGAAUUUCUCUAUGUCAUCCAAUGAUCUCUUUGCUUUUGUCGAAAUAUCAUCCAUUGAUCUUCGGGCAGUAGAAGUGAUGCCAUCUAUAGAUUUCUUUGUCUGCGUUAGCAAUUCAUCUGUGCUUUUGCAAGCUGAUGUAGCAAGUUCUUUAAUUUCAGAGUCUAUCUUUCCUAUAACCCAUUCAAUCGCUUGCCUGCCUUUGCCAGCAUUCAAAGAAAUCUUGUUUGUCAACAAAUCUUCCAUGUAACUGCUAAGAGGCACUC